AUGAAGUUGGUGGGAGAAGUCGUCUUGAUUGCGGUCAGUCUGGCUUUUGUGGAGCGGGUCACUGCAGGCUCCAAUGACGACUGUUGUGAACGUGACGAAGUUGGGACGGGGCAGAUAAGUUCUAAUGCUAUUCUUCGUUUGAACUUUGCUGGGAGAUUUCUCGCUGACGCCCCAACUUACAACAACGAUCCAGAAAAUUACAACAUCAACAAGUUUCAUGCUUUGAAGCAUCCUAAAUGGAACCCAAAAGGAACCGGUGAUUUCCGAUUGGUGGACUGUGUAGUGACGCAAGUCUGCCUCACGGACGGACACUGCCAUAUGGACGAUCCUGCUGUUGGUCGGCUGAUUAUAGGCUCAAACGGCACCGCUGCAGGAAAGCUGGUCGACCUGGAUGCAGAUCAACAAUAUCAAUCUCAGCUGUGGGGCCUCGUGGUUGGCGUGGACGGGUUCUUCAAGGGGGACUUCACACCUCGGUCAUUCAACCACCUGCACGACGCGUGUGAGGGACCGGAGUGCUGCACAGUGACGGAGGAUACCAGGCUUGUUGCCGCCUGGAUUUCAACUCUGCAGAACGUGGAGUGGAUCGAAGGGCCUCUGGCAAAACGCUCCAACUUCAUGCAGCAGGUCAAGUCUCUCCGCUGUUUGCCUGGUUUUACGUUAUACGUCAAAAUCAACCUCCGCUACUUGAUAGAAACAUCAGAUUCUCCCGACUUUUCGUUUGGCCGUGUGGUUGGUACUAUAUAUGCAGUAGUGUCGAGGACUCCUCUUCCUUAUGGCCCGUACAGCAGAAUGCUGUGGAAAACUGAAGGACCUGGUGAAGGUGGUCACUUGCCAUUAUAUGUUGACAUGAACAAAAAGAAUGUUGUGCUGGACUUUGGCAACAGCUUGAAUUUCGACAUCAAAGGUAACUUGAUCCAACCGUCAGGCAAACGCCUGUAUCUAAUCUAUUACAACGCAACUGCACGAAGAUGCGAACUUGUGAACAACGAGUCAUACAACUUAGGAGAAAUCAGACUGGGUGGAAACGACUGGUUUCGGAGGACUGCGGGCAUAGUUGAACUUUCAGUGAAUCCCCAGGCAAUGGAAGCUAUUGGGAAUACGCCCUUGGCGGUUAUUCAAGAAAUAUCCUCAACGCGAUGUGAGCCAGUGUUGGAGGAAAGAUCAGACGGCUUGUUCGUUGAGGCCAUGGACAAACGUAUUGCGCGACAAGAGCCCGACACUGAAUGGACCAUGAAGUUUCGCGCUUUCCAGUUUGGCAAGUCUGCCCAACAGGUUUUCGUCCGUACCAGUCUAUCGUUUCCACUGGAUCGUUUGAAACCUGCAAUAGAAAUUGUUAACAGUGAACCAUCCGACAACAACGGCAUUUCUUCGAUCACGUUCCGAACCACGAAUCCCGGUCGGCCUAGAAAGGAAAAGCAGCUAGAUGGCCAAGUAUACAUAUACGAUUUGAUUGCCAAGAUUGGGGCCAACGGAACAGAAUUUAAGGUUCAUGGCUUGAAUAUUUCAGUCCUCCUGUAUUCACAGUACACUUUUACCCCUGGUGAAGUGACCUGGUACGAACAUGUCUACCCGAUAUUCCAACAGUACGCCAAUCUCUAUCCAGUCAUGAAGCCCAUCAUCAACCUUGCGAGCUACGAGGAUGUUACUAGAAAACGGAAAUUACUCAAAUACUCUCUUACUCUUCCUGAAACGGACCCAAAUUACAUGCCAGUGACCAGAAAUUUAUCUCCCAAAAAACGAGAAAUGAUCUUAUCCUGGUUGGACGACCUGGACCCAUCCUCAAAUCUCCCACGGGUGGGUACCGCUACCGCCACCUUAGACGAACUAAAAAAGACGCUGCAGAUAGCUCUACAGCUGGAACUGUCCACCAUUCCCCCAUAUCUGAGUGCGCUGUUCUCGAUAAAAGAUGGCGACAACCAAGAGGUUACGGCCCUGAUCAGAAGUGUCGUUGUCGAUGAGAUGAAACACGUGGCUCUGGUCGCCAACCUUCUGAACGCGAUUGGUGGUGCGCCAUAUUUAAACAUUCGGUCUACAGUAACGUCCUACCCAUCAGCCCUCCCUGGGGGCGCCAACCCUGGUCUUCUGGUUAAGCUUGCCAGAUGCUCGUUGAACCAGAUCCGAACCGUGUUUCAAAGGAUAGAGAGGCCAAACUGUGAAACAGCGGAUUCUGAUGUGAUUCAAUAUCUUCGCAUUCAUAAAAAACGUCUCAAAGAGUACCGCAAUGACGAACAUGAUGCCGAAUUUAUGGACAUUGGCGAGGAAAUCGGUCGACGGUGCAAUCAGACAUCAACAAGGCCUCAGACCAUCGGUGCUAUCUACAUCCAUCAGAUACUCUGUCCCAUGGUUAAACUGCAGACUCAGCUCCAGGCUCAAAAUAAAUACAAAAACAUAUUUACUGGCACAAGGUCAAAGCAAAUAACCAGUGACCAGUGGCUCAGCAAUGUAGACAGUUCCCCAUUUGCGGUGCAUGAUCUUCGCAGUGCAGUAGCUGCCAUAGUGGACAUCGCUAGCGAGGGCGAGGGGUCCGAUCCUUGCGACCCGUUUGACGAGAGAGGCGAGGUCUCACACUUCUUCACAUUUGCUGAAGUUUUGCACGGAAGGAGGCUGAUAGAGACAGACCAGAGUAACUCAUCAUCACUCGGCCAGUGCUUUGACAACUUUUUCCCAUGUGAUGACGAGAUAAAGUGUGACAGGUCAUACAGCUUUGUUGGACGAAUGGUGCCUUUCUAUGAAGAUGGCGUCUGGCCGACCAUUUCUAACCCGCGCACAGAGAGUUACCCUCCAGGAUCACUGGCUCGCAAAUAUUCAGACAACUUCAACAAGAUCUACACAGGCCUGCUGAUGUGUAUCCAUGAGGCUUUCAACGGAAACCCAGACAAGAUGAAGGACUGUACGGGCAUGACGUCUUCCCUUACUGCCUGGGGUAACAAACUGGUGCAGACGCCGAUAGACCCGGCUGGGGAUCCCGAGAUCGGACCAAACGCAGCACCAACCUUCGAGUUUUACGACCCAAAUGAUUAGCUAGCACUCCGUAUAAACACAAGAAACUUGCGAUUGGUUCUUUUCAAGAUAAAGUUGUGGAUGUUAUAAUAGCUAAUUGGAUGAUGACAACCAAGUGAACCAAGUGUAUACUUCCUUUUUGUUAGGAAGGACACAAAAAUCUAGAACCUUGUCUAAAAUUGAUGUAGCUAUAAUCAUUAAUAGCUUCGUUACUCUGUUCCUUAAUGUACCCAAAAACAUGCAAAAGCAACUGCCAAGUGGGCAAAUAUGUGCCGUAAAUUGCA